AUGGCAAUUAAGUGUAUACUAAACUAUGAUAAAAGCGUUUUGGCUGUUAAAGACAAAAGUCCUAGACAUUUUCGAGCAUUUAAGAAGAACAUCUUAAAAUGUAUGGAAGAAGACUGCGUGGAUUGGGAGGGUAAGACAAUCCCUCAUGGGCUGCUAUAUGUGCCUGGGCCUGGUGUCUGCUCCAUUUGUGUAUGCUACCAUUCUGAGCCGAUGUGGUGUAAGGCUAUUUACUGCGACCCACCAUAUUUCUGCAAAAAUUUCCGCGUCGGCGAGCGGUGCUGUGAAUUCGAAUGUCUCGAUCCACCGGGCGAGGACAAACGCUACCAGGAACGGCAGCGCCUUCGAGCCCUCAUUCUUUCAGGGCACUCUUCAGCUGCACAACUAACUCCUAUCGGCAUCUUACUACUAGUGGCCAUCUCUUGUCUAGUAUGA